ACACCAGGGCAGUCAACAAUAUGGCCUCGAGUGAGUACCUGUGUAUACGAAGCUCUCCUUAAUUUGUGGUGUCGCGCGUGAUUAUUAGAGGUGUUAGCACCAUGUUUCAUAUCACAUAGGAAAUAGAAGAAUAGUGUAGUGAUAACCAGGGAGCAAGAGCACUGUGGUGGUGAUGUGAAGUGGAUUUACGGGCUAAAAAUGUACUGCUAGCGGCCUGCGAAGGAUUCAUAUCAUCUGACUUUGUGGGGAUAUUAUGGCAAUGUCGCAUGAACUUAUCGAGACAUCACCCGGCAAAUCUGUUAUGGAUGAUGACGGCGACGAGAAGGAUGACGUCAAAAGAAAGUCGCGGAAUCUAUCAGAGAAGAAGAGAAGAGACCAGUUUAACCUACUCAUUAACGAACUGUCUGGUAUGGUUGCCUCCAAUAAUCGCAAGAUGGAUAAAUCGACCGUUCUCAAGGCUACCAUCGCCUUCCUCAAGAACCAGAAAGAGAUCUCGGUCCGGUCACAGAAUCAGGAGAUCAGAGAGGACUGGAAACCUUCCUUCCUUUCCAACGAGGAAUUCACCCACCUUAUGUUAGAGGCACUUGAUGGGUUCAUCAUGACGGUGUCGUGUUCUGGCCGUGUGCUGUAUACCUCCGAGUCCAUCACCCCACUUCUAGGGCAUCUACCUGGUGACAUAUCUGGGACACCCCUGUAUGACCUGAUGUUAGAGGAGGAGAGAGGGGACAUGAAACGAUUUCUCUCUAAUCCUGCUUUGGCACCCAACCCCAGCACCUGGCUUGAAGACACCAAAGAAAAAUAUACCGUUGCGAUACAUCUGAAGCGGGGGAUGACAAACGCUUCAGACAGCAUUCAUUAUGAGAGAAUACACCUGACGGGCUAUUUUGAGCGGUACAACUGUCCAAGUGAAGAUGGAGUCCUUGACUUCAGUUGUAGUGAAGCAGAAGACUCUGUAUCCCUCAGUAGUUGUAGUCGGAGUGCAGGCGGAGGCUUAUUUCAGAGCUCCCUCGUCCACCCCCAGUUGACUCAGGAAACCACAAAGUUAGUAUUUGUGGCGAUAGCAAGAAUGGAGCGGCCUCAACUUGUAAGAGAAAUGAUGAUAAUUGAACCAACCAAGACAGAGUUUACGUCUAGACACAGCCUUGAGUGGAAGUUCCUCUUUCUGGACCACAGAGCUCCAACCAUCAUCGGUUACAUGCCAUUUGAAGUUUUGGGAACCUCUGGGUACGACUACUAUCAUGUUGAUGACUUAGAAAAGAUUGCAGCGUGUCAUGAACAGUUAAUGAAGACGGGUAAAGGAACUUCAUGUUAUUACCGAUUCCUGACUAAAGGACAACAGUGGAUCUGGCUACAAACUCAGUAUUACAUCACUUAUCACCAGUGGAACUCCAAGCCUGAGUUCAUUGUGUGCACCAACACUGUUGUUAGUUAUAGCGACGUGAAGGUGGAGUUGUCCCAGGAGGUAAUUCCCGACAGUUGUCAGUCAGAAAUUGAGAUCCACCAGCCAGAGGGCAGCAUGGUUCUCAACAAUGCUGGGGCAUCUGUGGCUGGACCCUCAGGACUGGCACUGUUGGCCCCGGUGGGAGAACUGUCACAACAACUUCCCGAUGAAAAGCCGGUAAUACAGCCUAGCAGAGCACCUCUACCUGGGCCCUCACACCUCCAGCCACAACACCUUCAACAACAACAAACACAACAACAACUACAGGCUGACCAGCAGACACAACAACAACAACAACAACAUUCACUUCAGCAAAAGCAGUUACAGCAACAACAAAUUCACCACCAACAACAACAGCAGCAGCUACAGUUAGAACAACAACAACAACAACAGCAACAACAACAGCAGCAGCAGCAGCAACAACAACAACAACAACAACAACAACAACAACAACAACAGGAGGAGGAACAGCAACAACAACAACAGGAGGAGCAACAACAACAGCAGCAACAACAACAACAACAACAGCAGCAGCAGCAGCAGCAGCAGCACAACAACAAACAACAACAGCAACAACAACAACAACAACAACAACAACAACAACAACAACCAGAGGAGCAACAGCAACAGUCACAACAAGGACUUCACAUACGUCAUCUAACACUCCAGUCACAAUCCUCACAACUCCCUCCUCCUCUUUCACGACCGCCAUCAGCCUCCCAGUCACCGAAUCCCACACCCCAACAAGUUCUACAACAGCAACAACAACAACAACAAUCUCAGCAAAUGGUGGGGAUACAGGAGGGUACAGUCGUCGAGUUACAGGAGUCCGGGAGCAUGGCACAACAACAAUCUCAGCAAAUGGUGGGGAUACAGGAGGGUACAGUCGUCGAGUUACAGGAGUCCGGGAGCAUGGUACAACAACGGCCGCUAGAGUCAAUAUCUCCUAGUAGUCAACACCCUGUCUAUAGAUCUCCUCAGACGCCUCAGCACCUAGCAUCGAGAGGAGAACCGCCGCCCUGGCCGUCUAAAGCACGUUCGGAUGAUGGAACAGUAGAAUCAACUCCGUAUAUUAAGUUAAAAGUUCCCGCCAAGAGCUGGGCACACUUUAGCAGAUCAAGUCCCAGAAAAGAGUCUAGUCAAUAUACUGGUGGCAGCAGCUUGAGUGAAGGUGGGUCGAGCAGUAAACGAGCGCGACUGCAGGCAAUGCAACAACAGCAGCAACAGCAACAACAAGAGCAGCAGCCGUCACAUCUACUAAUAGAUGAUCUUGCUCCUCCUCCUUCUCCGUGUUCCGAUGUUUCUGUCACCUCACACGUCUCUCAUGGUUCCAUACAGCAGGAUAGUAAGAUACACUAUGGUUCAAAUUCUGGUAAUAAAGAAAGAUUCUACCGAAAAAUAGAGCUUCCUCCUGAGAUGUCCCGGUCAUUGUCAUCGUCGCGGCUCUCAGGGUCCUUUGAGGAGGACAAAAAGGAGGACCAGUUACUUCACAUGAUGGUUAUGUCACCCUCAGGCAGUGCCAGUUCACAUAACUCAGGUGGUGGUUUUGGAGUAGAACAACAGUACCUUGGUAAUAGUGGUGGGACGCAGAACGUAGCACUGGCAGCAGGAACAGGAGCAACCACAGCAGCGGUGGGUGGUACAGCAGCUCAGGUGGUGCAGGUAGCCGCUGUGCCCUUCUCACCUGUCAUUCCCAUCAACCCCGUGGUGACAAACCUUUCUGUUCAGCUGCCAGCUACACCCACAACAGAGGGUCUUCGGCAGUCUUUGAUACUGAGCCCCAAUCAGAGACAACUUCAAGAACAACUACGGAGAAAACACGCAGAGCUACAGCAACAGAUUUUAAGACAGCAAGAAGAAUUACGGCAAGUUAACGACCAGCUCAUUAUGGCUCAGUAUGGCAGUUUAAGUAUACAACAAGUUUAUAAGGGUGGACUGCAAUACACCACGACGAGCUCAGUGGGCACGACCAGUGGGUUCCAGGGUGGUAUAGCAAUAGGGUCUGGUGUAGGGGGAGUAUUGGGCAUGGGGACUGGGAGCAUUCCAGUGUCUGCAGCACUUCAUCCAGGUGGUGGGACAGUUACGCUGGCCACUGGCACUCUGGCGGGGGCAACUUCAUCGAUUGUUCAACCAGUAGCCAUGACAUCACCAACCUCACUUCAGUCACCUACAAUCACUGUAUCCACUUUGAAUCCUGCACAAAUGAGUGUUCAGGGCGUGAACACUCAAGGGAUGGCUGUGCCCUACCAGUUGUCCCACCAACAGGCUCAAAUGCUGUUUGCUCAACCUGGUGGCACUGGCCAGGCUCACAAUCAGUCCCAGCAGCACGAACCCAAGAAGUAACUUAUUGACACUGCUGUUGUGUUGUCACCAGUCUCCGUCCUCCACUCUCAUUGAUGACCAUCUUGAAACCAAAGUUACAAUUUCUGCCCUUAGAUUUAUAGGUCAUCUCAAUCACACAUUAAAUCACCAAGAUAAAUCAACACCCUUCUUUGCCAACUAAGUUUCUCAACAGCAAUAGACCUAUCUUAUAACCAUGUCACCAUUUGUUUACCGCAGUGCACUCUGGGGCAUACCCGGGAUUGGAUCAGCUGUCUUGGUUUUUAUCCCAUUUAAAUUAAAAGGGUCACAUGACAUUGCUGCAACUAUUUGCUACUAAAGUACCAAAAGUAAACUGUUGUGUACUGAAUUGUUUUCAAUGACAAGGUGAAACACUCCCAAGCUAAGCUACCAGUCAAUGGUAAGAAAACUGAAAAAAAAAUAAAUAAAUAAAUUGAUUAGAAACAAUACCAUGGAUUAUUCCCAUUUUGUCUACUUUACUCCUGUCACCAUAUUGUUGUCCUUAUGUCAAGGAGAAAUAAAAAAAUUUGCUUAAAGUGUGACCCCAUUAGGUGUUGCAAGAACAACAAAGGGCAGAGAAAGGUGAUGGAUAACAUGGGUGAUUGUUCAGAGUUUGGAUUCAAGAUCAGUGGCAGCAUGAAUCACCCAAACAUUGGUGUUCUCUGUGGUUUUGAUGUAUUUUUUUUUAUUCUAAGCAUUUUUAUAUAUAAGUAUGGAAAAAUAUUAGAAUCAUUCUACUGUAUAUAUAUUUGUGUGAUUCUUGUUGUAUGGAAUGAACCACCAAGCAUCACUUCAAUCAAGUCUGUAGUGCAGCAUAAUAAAUAUGUAUACAGUACAGUAUGUAGCAUGAUUUUUUUUUUUUUCAAUUUACAUUUAGAAACACUAAGAAUAAGAAAAACUACAAUAAAACCCAUGACUAUAAAGAACAGCAUAUGUCGGCCUCUGUAAGGUUUAAAUUAAAAGUUUGUCAAGCACAUGUACUACAUGAUGAAAUGGAUUCAAGAACUGACAAAAUGAUACUAUACUACCUUAUAUAAUAGGCUGUAGCUUUGGGGUGCAGUACAACAGUUUACUGCCAUGGUAGCUGCAUUAAAUAUCAAGGCUGUUGGUAUUUCUGAUCAGCAAGUGAGGGUUCAUACUUGUGGUAACUUACCUUCUAAUCAAACUAGCCUUUGGCUUGAAUUUCCCUGCAGAAAACUUUUAACAUACUGUAUAAAAUUACAGACACCUUAAAAAAAACAAAAAAAAAACACAGCCCUGGGUUUGGCCAAGAAUGCGUUGCAAUAAACAAAUGUUGAUGUAUUUAUGUUUAGGCUUUCCUAUUAUAAUGGAGUUUUAAGAUCAAUUCCACUACUGAUAAUUCCUUACCAUCAAGAUUUUUGUGUGUAAACCACUGUUGCAGUUGGUUCUAGUUGUCACUGUAGUUCAUUAUAUUUCUAUCCUGAGUAUAUUGCUAGUAAUGCUGCCAUCAUCUUCCCAUAAUGACCUUCAGUUCUGCCAACUGCACCUUGUUUCUUAGUAUGAUCGUUACAUCACUUCUGCCACUCCUGAACAACAGAAAAAUAAUGUCACCAUUAGAACCAUUAACAUGAAUUUUCAGGGAGAUCAAGAAAAGUGUAGCAGAUUGUUAAGUACAGGUAUUAGACAUAUGGGCAGUUAGUGAUGAAGGGUGUGAGGGGGACACUGUACCAGAUACAUUUAGUUUAAUAAAGUACUGAUGCCAGCGUUUAUGUUGCAGAUGUAAUACAGUUAUACCCCGAUGUUUUAUCUUACAGAUGUACCUAAAGUAUACAGACUGAGGUGUCAGUUUAGAAUGUGAUCAGUGACUAUGAAUGUACCAGUGUAAAUAUUCCAACACUUAAUCUAUUAUUUUUAUAUCUAAUAAAAAAUAUGUAAAUG